CGUAUCACCACCACUUCGGACGCCAGUGCAAGCUCUCCUACUACGGCUUCACCGAACUCAUGGAGCUGUUUGAGGCCAUUCCAGACGUUCUUCUGGUGCUGGAGUGUGGAGAGGAGCGGCUGCUGGCGCUGACGGAGGUGGAGCGUGUGAAAGCGUUAGCGGCUCAGCUGGUGAAGCUGCUUCGAGCCCAGAGAGACUCCGGCUUUGCUGUCAGUCAGCUGCUGAGUGAAUACAGCAAGACGUUUGGCUACAGCCUCCGCCUGCAGGACUACGACGCCGCCACGCUGCCCGCCCUGCUCAACAAGCUCUGCCACGUGGUGAAGGUGAACGUCAUUUCCUUUCAUUGCACUGAUAAGCCUCCUUAAAAGCUGAAGACAUUAAAGGUGUGGUUGAACUUUCGUGUGUAAUGUUGCUGUUAGAGCAUAAACAACGUCUGCAACGUUACGACACUCAAAGUUCAAUGCAAAGUGCGAUAUUUUCUUUUAAAGAAAUUGCUGUUUAAGGACUAGUGUGUGACCGCAGGACUGCCACGAGCUGGAGAACACACACACGCCGCAGAACACGUGUGUGUGUGUGUGUGUGUGUGUGUGCGCUCUUCUGUCAGAUGACCACAAUGAACCCAGAAGCCUCUCAGAUUGUGACGUUAGCUGAACUUAACGAGCUUCAUGUGAAGUAACGUGGACGUUCAGCCUCAAGACACUGGAGGUCUUGUAUGAUUUUAGUCUCCACCAGAAAGUCCUGUUAGUAGUUUUUUUUUAUUUCUAUGUCAUGUCCAAAUUUCUGUCAUGUAUAAUAAAUAUCACAAGCAUCAUUUGGUGUCCUGCUUUCUGUUGUGUUCCUCUUGUGGAGGAUCGCUGCCUCUCUGAUGGUUUUCUCGGCUGUUAAAGGUCUGUUAUCAGCUGUUUCAGAUCAUUUACAGAAGAUCUGACACGUUGGUCUUUACCUGCAGCAGUUAAACACAGAACUUAGUCGAAUUAGUUUAACUAGAUGUUCAUGACGUUAGCUGCUGUAGAACAACAUGAUUCAUUAACAGUCAAAGUCAGAUCAGUGCAUACGAACAUAUACACAAGUUUCAGAUUGAGAGUUUUUGUCAUUAACAGUGUCAUCACACUGGACGCAAACACCAGCAAGAAAAACAAGUUCUGGUGGAAAAUAUAUCGUUAAAUACAGCAGUUUUGAGCUGAUCCAAGGUAUGGUGUUAUUGUGAUCUGAACUGAAGAUAUCAGACCCAUCUGCCACUCAUAAACAUCUGCUGUAAUAUCAUAAAAUAGCCAUGUAUUUGUUGAUUUUGGAAAAUGUUUAUCACAUACUGUUGUGAAUCUCUGUCCUAUGUGCUCAGAUUUUA